AUGGAAGAUCAGAACAGGGUUACAGCCCUCCUGAACGAAUAUCCAGCAUCUAUCAAUGAGAUGAAUCAUCUUGGUCAGACGCCUGUACACAUUGCGGUUCAGACUCAGAAUGCGACCAUCUUGAGCGUACUUGUCAAUCAUGCAGAUGCCAAGGUGUUAAACACUAAAGAUAAUAACGGUCAUUACGCAAUCGAUCACGCGAUCGACGCAUUAUGUCAUGCUCUGAAGUCUGGAAAACAAUCGACACCGACAGUAUGUAACGGUUGCGAAGUCCUCAACGUCCUACUCCGCUCUGAAUCGGCGAUUUUUACAGAUUCUGUCCAAAUGGCCAUGCAACAACCGGAGAAUCACGAGAUCCCUAUCUGCAUAGAGGGCCAAAAGAAUAUCAUCCGCAGUCUAGCCUCCCGAAGGACGAAGCUGAAAACAAUAGGACAGUGCGAGCUCACGCCAGCAGAAAGACAACAGUUGAAAUUCUGCCAAGCCGGUAUAUUAGAUCAAAAUGCGGCUCAGACCCAACGGUUCCUGGAGGCAAAGAAAUUUCAAGUUCCGAUGCAUUUGAAAGUAUACGACAACCGUGAGAGUCCAGAAGAUUCUCAAUCAAUCUACCUAUUCAUCUCCCAUGGCGAUGUUGCUGAAUUUGCCCUUCAAAGUGGCUUCCUUAUGCCAACGACGUUAUUUUAUGACGUAUUUCGCUUGCUAGCGGAACGGCUGGACUUUAUGACUUUUGCCCCUCGAAAUCAAAACUCCUUGUUGUUAUCAUAUAUCUGUUGGCUGGUUGACCACGGGGGGAAUCUUCACUCCACUGUCCCGACUCUAUGGGGCCAUACAACAGCAGCGCACUACUUCAUGGCCUACCUCGGCACGUGCAAAAGCCCAUUUGAACAUAGACUUAGGGCCUCUCUCUCUCCCCAAGUCUCAAGUAUCAUUUUUGAGGAAGAUAAUACUGACGACUGCCGAUGCCGAUGCUCCCCAAAAGGAUGCACACCUUUGACCAAAUUCCUAGCAAUGGUAAAUUGGGAAGAGUAUUGGCUUCCUACCUUUGAGCUUUCACGUACCAUCCAUAUUGUCCUUAGACACCUUGAAUAUCUGUGCGAUAUACUAGACCACGUUGGCUACGACCUAACCAAAGAACAUUGGAUUGAUGGAGCGACUAUGCGUCACUUUACGUUUUUUAUUCUUGAACUUCGCCAUACUUGUUGCUGCUUACGUACCGGCGGUGGUGCUGAGGCCUCUGGCCCAUUGUCUACAGUAGAUCGCCGCGAGAUUGAAGAGGAAGACAGCUCGCUGCUAGAGCGAUUUGAACAGCUCGUUAUGGAGUUUGAAAUGGAGCGUGGUAAUUAUGCUGAUCUGUUAUCUUUUGCACGAGAAUAUUGGGCUCCUAGGAUGGAGGCUGUUCAUCAAGAAAUCGAGUCAAAUGUUUUGACGGAGACUCAGCGAGAGGCAGCGGAGGCAGCUGGAGUUGUAUGGGAGUGUUAUGGCCCACGGCUUCCACUUUGUAGCGAUGACGUAAAGAUAGAUACAGAGAAGGAAGAGGAUGUAAGUGAUUUGGAGAAAGUUCUAAGGGAGCUGGAUGAAAUUGCUACAGAUCCAGCAAGGCCAAGUGUUGUAUAG